CGCGGGGGUGUGUCGGCGCUGUGGGGGGGUGGGGGGGGCACUAUAAUGGCGGCCGGGCGGCGGGAGCGCGGCGGCGGCGCUGAGAGCCUUUGAUCUUGAAGAUGGUGAGUAGCCAGCCUAAGUACGAUCUAAUACGGGAGGUUGGCCGUGGCAGUUAUGGUGUGGUGUACGAAGCAGUCGUCAGGAAGACCUCUGCACGGGUUGCGGUGAAAAAGAUUCGGUGCCAUGCUCCAGAGAACGUGGAACUAGCUCUGCGGGAGUUCUGGGCACUUAGCAGUAUCAAGAGCCAGCAUCCCAACGUCAUUCACCUGGAGGAGUGCAUCUUGCAGAAAGAUGGUAUGGUGGAGAAGAUGUCCCAUGGCUCCAGUUCCUCCCUUUAUUUACAGCUUGUAGAGACCUCGUUAAAAGGAGAAAUAGCCUUUGACCCCAGAAGCGUUUAUUACCUUUGGUUUGUAAUGGAUUUCUGUGAUGGAGGAGAUAUGAAUGAGUAUCUGUUGUCCCGAAAGCCUAACCGCAAGACCAACACCAGUUUCAUGCUUCAACUCAGCAGCGCUCUGGCUUUCCUGCACAAAAAUCAGAUUAUUCAUCGUGAUCUCAAACCUGACAAUAUUCUGAUAUCGCAGAGCAGGGUGGAUGCUAGUGACCUGGAACCUACCCUGAAAGUAGCUGAUUUUGGGCUAAGUAAGGUAUGUUCAGCUUCAGGACAGAAUCCCGAAGAACCGGUCAACGUAAAUAAGUGUUUUCUAUCUACUGCCUGUGGGACUGACUUCUAUAUGGCCCCUGAAGUCUGGGAAGGACACUACACUGCCAAAGCGGACAUCUUUGCCUUGGGGAUUAUAAUUUGGGCAAUGUUAGAAAGAAUCACAUUCAUAGACACGGAAACAAAGAAAGAACUUCUGGGGAGUUAUGUCAAGCAAGGGACAGAAAUCGUGCCUGUUGGAGAGGCGCUUCUAGAAAACCCUAAAAUGGAACUACUCAUCCCUGUAAAGAAAAAGUCUAUGAAUGCUCGGAUGAAACAACUGAUCAAGGAAAUGCUGGCUGCCAAUCCACAGGACCGUCCUGAUGCUUUUGAACUAGAACUUCGAUUAGUCAACAUAGCUUUUAAGGACAGCAACUGGGACACGUGACCUACAGAGGAGUUAAUCUCUUGAUAGAGCUGCUUUUGAUCUAACUAGUGGUGCAACUUUAUGGCAGUAAAAGAAAGAAGCCUGAGCUCAAACCUCCAGGGUUUGGUUUUUUGUCAGCAGAAUUUCCUUUGAGCUUCUUAAAUUAUGUGAACUUCAGUUGGCCACUUUGUUAAAGAUACAUUUAUAUGCGUAAUACCAGGAUGUUAUUUAUACACAAGUGUAAGAUGUGAAGAUGUUCGUUCAUGUGAGUUGGCAGCAGAAUGUUGUAAGGUCUGAGACUUGAUUUCCAGCAAUAUGUCAUGGAGUAUUUCAUACAUUCCUGUUUCCUAUAUCAGUAUUAGGAAUUCUCAUGGAAAAGAGGUUUGCAUGCUGGUAGUGCAAAUCUUUGGGCUUUGUAAAGUAGUUCUGUGUAUAUAUUUAAGUACAUGUGAGUGACUGGGAGCGUAUGCCUGUUUGUGUUGCAUUCCACAGAGAAAACGCCACUUUUCUAAAUUAUUUGCUAGGGGUCUGAAUGGUUGGGAUCUGCUAGAAAACUGGGUGAGGAAGAUCGAUGAGAAGCAUUCUUUCUCCAAAACUGAGUAACUAUUAUUUAUUCUUAUUAUCUAACAUUAAAGAUGGGGUCUGUGACUUGACUUUGUAGACAAAAAAUGCAAUGCAAAGGGAUCAGCAGUUUAAAAAGUGCUGAGAUGGUUGAGCUUAGCACUUAACAGCUUAAUGAGCUUAUCACUGAGGGAGUCAAAUUACCAAUGUAUGCAAUCAUGCGCUAGCAUGUUGGUUAGGCCAUUAAUAAUUCAAUUUUGCUUUCUUCUAAUAAUCAAACACUUUAUUAAUCAGUUAACCUACAGUUUCAUAACCUGCCUUCUACUCUUGCCUCUGUAAUCCAGUAGCAACUUGAAUGUUUACAGAGGGAGAGUUUUGUGAGUUUAGCUUGUGAAAACGUAGACACUUGGGGGAAUCCGGCUGCUUAAGACAUUAUUUUAAGGUUCUUCAAAAUAUGGCUACAACACAGCUUUUCCUGUUUACCGGAUCUAACCAGCAUGUUGGUCAUGGUCUGUCCUUUCUUUCCGGCACCGCUUCUAAGCCGGUGGCGAGGAGGUGAUAAAGGGAUGAUUGUCUGUCAUGUUAAACACAGCUAUUUUCAAAUAGGGGAGAAGGCACUUAGUAAUCAGUAUAUGAAAAGGUGUUUCAGUUUUGUGCACUAACCUUGGCCAAUAUUUGGAUUUGUUUUCCUCCUUUUUUUUUUUAAAAGUAGUAUUUAUUUAAAACCAUGGAUGGUAGGGUGAGAAGCUUUGAAGCUGUCGAAAGGCUGCUUACCCCCACAGAAACAGAUUCAUAUGCUAAGAGGGUUUUCAUUAAGGUUACCUAGCACUGUAGGGUAGACAAAAGCUUCCUUGUAAUAGCAUGAUAAAUGCUUUUUCUCUUGGGUGCAGGAGUAUGACCUUUCUCAUCCAUUUGACCUUUUGAAAAAGCAGAGACCUUUUUAAAAAAAAAAAAAAAAAAAAAAAAAAAAAGGCCUUUAAAAGGCAGAUAUGUUAAAGCUGCAACAAAACCAAUUUUUUAAUAACUAAGUUGCUAUUUUUUUCUCCAGUCUUACCUGAAAACUGCCUUAAAACUAAUCCCAUGUGGAUUUUGCUCCUCGGACGCUGUUCCUGCUUGCUUCUAUGAGAACCCCAGGGAGUGAUUCUUUAUUCUGCCCAGUGUGCGAAUUAACAGCACAAACAAGGGAGAAGUGUAAUUUUGUUUGUUUUUGUUUUUCCAAAAGUAGGGAAAGGUUCUCGUAACAUAGUUGCUGAUUCUGCCAAACUUCUGGUCCUCGAGGCUCCCGCUGGUCCUUACCUGCUGGUGUGUAGUCUGGCAGUUACUCGAGGGUCCAUGGUCCCACGUUUGUGGUGUUUUGCUUCACUUUGUCAUUUAAGGUAAGUUACCUAAGCCGUGAUUUUUGGACAAAUAUACCUUCCUGUCUCAAAGCAAAACAAUACUGGCUGUUUAGAAGAUGCUAUAGCAGCACAGAGUGAUUACCAGAGGAUGCUGCUCUGUCGUACCGAGGUGUUACUGAACGCAGCCAGGAGCAGCUUCGCUCUGGUACGGAUCCGCGCGGCUGGCGGUGACGGUGAUGCAGCCUGAUGCCUGUGUAGGUUUCCCAGUGCUGCUUCUUCCCUGCAGGGAGCUCAGCCUAUAAAAGCAGAGUUGGAGCCUAUAUGUGAGUAAUGAGAAAGAGAGAUCUAUUUAUUCUUCUGUUCUGAAAGUGGAGAUCUUUGUUCUUGUGCUUUAACUGAAUUUGGUACAAGGAAAGCUUUGGCUUGUUACCGAAAGGAGGAAAACAAACCUCUUGCCAUCUGUGCCAACAGUAUUUUACCAUACUUGUAUUCUGCAUGGUCGGUGAAUGAGGGUUGUGUAAAGUUUUAAGAGGAUAUAAUCUGUCAUCUUAAACUUGAGUUUCUAAAAAUCCAUUGCUAACUUCCUUUUCUCUCCUGUCCACCCAAAAGCCAGAAUCUACUGUUUAUCUUGAAAUUUUAAUCUACUAUGGAAUAACAGCACUUACCUUUAAAGCUCUUUGCAAAUAACUUGAUCAUCCUCUGUAGUGUUUCAAAGGAUGAACAGUGGAUGCGCAGCCUACCUGCAGCGCAGAAACUCAUGGUGAACUGCAUCGCGAAGUUCUUGACUCCCAAAGUGUUUCUUUGCACUGAUUGCCACUUUAAAGGGUGGGGGUACCUGAAAUCCCUCUCGUGGUGCUUAGCCUUGAUGAUAGGUGAAGCUGAGUGUUUUCUUGGUUAACGCUGAAUGAUAGUCCUUGAGGUCUGAGUCCUGUUUGAUUUGUCUUUGUUCUUUGUUGUGUCUGAGGUCUUUGUUUUAAAACCUCUGAUAAAUCAAACCGUUGUAGCAGCUACAGAAUUCACCAGCAUGACGCAGAAGUCAAGAUGCUCGUCAGCACUCAGAAAAAGACUUUCAAAACUUUCUUUAAAAGUUGUAAAAUAUAUUUUAUGAAGAAUUUAUAAUGGGGAAAAUUAUUGUGUAAUUUAUUAAGUUCAUGACUGUUUUGAAAUAAAAUGGAUUUCAAUGAA